UUUUUUCCUUUUCUUUUUCUUUUCGUAAGAGCCACUGCUGACCGUGGUGGGCGGAUAAAGGCAAGCGAGGAGGGCAUCCGGCCCUGGCAGCUCCGGAGAGUCCUUCCUGGAGGGACAGGAUUCACCAUUUUCAGGCUGUGAACUGCACUGCUAUGGAGAAGAUGAAGAGGAUAAAGAAGCGCCUGUCGUUAACUCUCCGGCCCAGUCUGACCAUCGACGAAUCUCUGUCCGAGCUGGCCGAGCAGAUGACCAUUGAGGAUGGUGGGACGAAGGACAACGAGCCCUUCAUGAGGAAUGGCCGCCCCCCCACCUCCCACAGCAUGCACUCCUUCCUGCACCAGUACACCGGCUCCUUCAAGAAGCCGCCGCUCCGCCGGCCGCACAGCGUCAUCGGCGGGAGCCUGGGGUCCUUCAUGGCCAUGCCCCGCAACAACGGCAGCCGCCUGGACAUCGUCCAUGAGAACCUGAAGAUGGGUUCUGAUGGGGAAAGCGACCAGGCUUCAGGAACAUCUUCAGACGAGGUCCAGUCCCCGACGGGUGUCUGUCUGAGGAACAGAGUUCACCGCCGGAUCUCCAUGGAGGACCUGAACAAGCGUCUGUCGCUGCCUGCUGACAUCCGCAUCCCAGACGGCUACCUGGAGAAGCUGCAGCUCAGCAGCCCGCCCUUCGACCAGCCGCUGAGCCGCCGCUCCCGCCGCGCCUCGCUGUCUGAAAUUGGCUUUGGGAAGCUGGAGACGUACGUCAAGCUGGACAAGCUUGGAGAGGGGACGUAUGCCACAGUGUUUAAGGGACGCAGUAAGCUGACAGACAACUUGGUGGCGCUGAAGGAGAUCCGCCUGGAGCACGAGGAAGGAGCUCCCUGCACCGCCAUCAGAGAAGUGUCACUUCUAAAAGACUUGAAACACGCUAACAUCGUGACGUUACACGACAUUGUCCACACGGACAAGAGCCUCACGCUGGUCUUUGAGUAUUUGGAUAAAGAUCUGAAGCAGUACAUGGACGACUGUGGAAACAUCAUGAGCAUGCACAACGUGAAGAUCUUCCUGUUCCAGAUUUUACGAGGGCUGUCUUACUGUCACCAGAGGAAAGUUCUCCACAGGGACUUGAAGCCGCAGAACCUUCUAAUCAAUGAAAGAGGGGAACUGAAGCUGGCUGAUUUUGGUCUGGCGAGGGCGAAGUCCGUCCCGACCAAGACGUAUUCCAACGAGGUGGUGACUCUCUGGUACCGGCCUCCGGAUGUCCUUCUGGGAUCCUCGGAGUACUCCACACAGAUCGACAUGUGGGGGGUGGGCUGCAUAUUCUACGAGAUGGCUGCAGGUCGGCCUCUGUUCCCCGGCUCCACCGUGGAGGAUGAGCUCCAUCUCAUUUUCAGGCUGCUGGGCACACCCACAGAGGAGAGCUGGCCAGGAAUCUCCACCAUUGAAGAGUUUAAAUCCUACAACUUCCCCAAAUACAAGCCGCAGCCGCUGAUCAACCACGCGCCCAGGCUGGACAGCGAAGGUAUCGAGCUGCUGUUGGCGUUCCUCAGAUACGAGUCCAAGGCGAGGAUUUCAGCUGAUGAGGCGAUGAAACAUUCUUACUUCAGGCAGCUCGGGAUGAGAGUCCACACACUGCCUGAAAGCGUGUCGAUGUUCACGUUAAAAGAGCUGCAACUUCAGAGGGACCCCGGCUACAGGAACUCCUCCUACCCCGAGUCAGGUAACGGCAACAUCAACAGAAGGCAGAGCAUGCUUUUCUAAUGUGUCCUGAAGAGGAUGGUCAGCCGGCCAGCUUCAUCUGCACCUCCCAGCAACUCCUCGCAUGAGCCCACCUCCCUGUGGAGCAUCUCCCCUCACUCCCUCCCCUGGACUCACUCACACGCGUACACGCGCACACACACACACACACACACACACACACACAUCCUCUGAAUGAGUGACUUUGAGUCAAAACGCUUGGAGACUGUUUAUUUAUUGGGGUGUGAGGUUAACUUAUUUUGCUGCUAAACUACUACUGUCUACUAUAUAACAUGUCUGUGUGUAUGUGUUUGUGUGUGUGUGUGUGUACACAUGUGUGUUGAUGCACAUGAUGUGAACUGAAGACGCCAUGCACAGUUAAGCGGUCUGUUUAGGUUACUGUUAUUUCUCCUGACUAUAAUUCUUUGGUAUCUUUAGUUUGAAAUUCAACGGAUGUUGAUGUCGACGCUGUGAUGAAGUUGUUGUUUUCAUUGUUGUGCUUGCAGAGCGACAGCUGCAGUUUCUUCAAACUUUUUAUGCAUUGUGUAUAUCUAUAUACAUAUAUAUUUAUGUGUAUAUAUGUACAUGUAUAUUUGGAGAUUGUUUUUUUUUUUUAUUGUUUUUUUCUUUCUUGUUGUUUUGUUUUGUUUCCUUCGAGCUUCCGUGACUGAUCUAUACAAGGUUUCUACAUUUCAAAACGCUGCAGCACACGACGGUGCUGGCGUUGAGGGGAACGAGAAAAACUGGUGGUGGUGAUGAUGAUGAUGAUGAUGAUGAUGAUGGAUUUCCCAUCUUAGAUUUUUUUUUAUUUAUUUAUUUUUUUUCCCAAAUUCAUUUCAGAAGAACUGUGUUUCUUUGAGGGGCCGCUGCCGUUGGGGGUUCCACUGAAAGUCUGAGCACAGCGCUUGGCAGCUGAGGGCUGAGCGAAGCUAACAGUUUUAGCCACUGGGUUUCUGCUCACUCUGGUAAAUCUGUAGGACCAAAUCUGACAGCAACAAAACAUGGAAAUAGGCAUGGGCUGGUAUGAGAUUCUCUAUGAUAACCAUGAUUAAAAAACUAAACGGUGUUCCUGUGUGUUAGGAAAACUUCCUAACACACAGGAAGUUGUGUGUUCUUUCAUUUACAUGAAACAGCAGGAACUAUUACUACAUUGGCUAAAAUCUGACAUAUUGAUGAUUACAGUUAUGCUACUUUAAGAUAUUUUUAUUUUCAUACAAAUAUGGAAUAGAUGGUCAUUAAAUUUAAUAUUGAAAACAUUCUGCUCUUCAUAGAGAAACAGAAAUCUAAUUACCUGGUUAAUCUGUUCCGGUAGCCUGCAGCCUGCUGCUUUACAGACCUGUCAACUGUAAAUUUAAUACAGAAAUGUUUUGUUUCCACACCAUGCUUGUCUGAAAAAAAUAGUUCCAGUCGAGAAAAUCACAAACAUCCAGAUUCGUUUAAUAGAGUUAAAUGACGCAGCGCUGCAUUACUCUGUCCGUCAUACAGAGGAGAAAGCUCUGGUUAGCCUCGCUCCUUAAUCCGGGUUUUCAUUUUUCACUGGGACAAAAAUGAGCGGUUUUUGAAACCGUAGCUGUUUGAAACCUUGGUGCAGCAACAUACCAGAGACCAGCCCAUGCCUUGUUGGGAAGACGACUGGACAGCAUUGUUGAGUAAUGUGAAAAACCAGAACCCGAGAUAAACGCUCGGACAAGCCUGCAAACCCUUCAACUGUCGAGAGCCUCGAUGCAACUGUACAUUCAGACAUUUUACCCUGCACUCCAAGCGUUUGCAAAUUCUUUUUGUUUUGUUUUCACCAGGGACGUGGGCCUCAACACAGCUGAGUUUACCCAACAGUAUUAUGAUGUAUUCCAUGACUCCUCGGGAAAACGGCACCGACGUGGAUGCUCUAAAAGCAACAAUUUCCCACUUCAUGUCAAGCCACAGCAUUUUUACAGCACAGAUUUCAAAUUAAAACUCAAGACUUUACUGCCGAUGUGCUGUUAGCAACUGACAGUGAUGCUAAAGAUGAUUAAACCCGUUGGCGAGUCUCUCUUUUAAAUACGUUUACUGUAGCAAUAAGAAAAUGUCCCUGAAUGUUUCUUACAUGACAACUGAUGUUCAUUGCAUUCCUGGGGUCAGCUUGGUCUGUUUGUCUCGUGUUGACCAACAUUAAAUAUCAAACCACAGCCAUUUUGCUAAACUUAGAAAAUAUAGUUUGCAGGAUUUAAUGUAAUUUAAUGCUAUCGCUUAUAUGGCUAUAAAACUAAACCCUGUUUUGAUAUCUACUUUGUGAAAUUUAUCAAGCAGCAUUAAAUGUGUGGUGAACAUUGUUUCCCUGCUGGGUUAGCUUUGGCAGAUUUCUCUUUUUUUAUGCUAACUUUAGGUGCGCUAAAGCUAAACAUACAUGAUGAAGUAUGCAUUCAAACUAAUUUAGGCCAAUAAACAGUGUUUGUUUAAAUGUUACAAUCUCUGGUAUAAAGACGAAUAUAUACUUUUUUUUACUUAAGAGGUGCAUCAAAGAGUGACUAACUAUGCAGUUGAAGCUAUAGUUUAGCAUAGCCAGUUAGCUUUAAAUAUGGCUAAAAGAGUUUUGUUGAACAUUUGGCAAAAAUGUAAACGUAGGUUUUUUAGUUGUUUUUUUUUUAAAAUACACAACUGGGAAACAUUUAAAUAUGACAGCUUCACAAGGUGAACUGCUAUAAAAAUCAGAAAAUAUUAAAAGCUUAUUAAAAAUAAAAGACUGGGAGUGCACUAAACAUCUAAAUAAAACUGAAAGUUGUCGGGGGAUCGGAGGGAAGUUUUCUUGUUGCUCUUUUGUUCGACGGCCGACUGAAAACUGUAUUUUGUGACAGGAGAAGAUUUGUUUCAGCGACACUAGUGUUCUUUGUUUCAGAUUAGGUAGCACAUGCUAGAAGAGUGCUGGAAGCACUGGUAAAGCUUGAUAAACUUAUAUCUGAAAUCAUUAAUGUAAUAUUAACAUCAAACACAGAUUGCAGGUUAUGGUGCAAUGAUCCAGUAAACAGUACAAAUCUGUUUAAAUGAUUUGAACAUGCACUUCUAAUUUGAGGUAUUAAAUUGUGAUUACACAAUCAAGUACAUACAUGACAUACUGUAAACGGGAAGUCAUUAUAUUAAUGGUAUAUAUCCUGUAUUACGUUGGCCUGUUCUUUUUAAUUUGGAAAUUGGAACCAUGUACAUCUAGAUUUUCCAUAAUUUUUUUGUUUAUAUUCCAAAUUAAGGAUUGUUUCCCUGUGAACUGCAAACUGUGUUUCUGCUAAUAUGACUUUUUUUUGUACAUGAACAGCAGUAACAUGCACGAAAGGAGAUUUCUAAAACAGCUUAAUAUUUAUCAUUGUAAAACUGUACUUUUUUUUUUUUUCAGAUGAACGGAUGAUUUAAUUGUAUGUGUUUUAUGUCCGAGUGUGUGUGUGGAAACGUGUGUGUGCCUGAUGCAUGGAAGGCCUGCUGUGUUGUCAACUCAAACUCUCUGAAACACUGAGCUGCCGGUGAACAGUUGAUGUGUGACUCUUUUUACUGGAGCUAUUUAUUUCUCAUAACCAUCUGAAGUAAAAAAUUUAAAAAUUUGUUUCAUAAAA